GCUUCUCAUGGAGUGACCUGCAUGAUUCCGUCCCAUGACGAAGGCGAUGAAGUUUGUCUUCUGAACAGUCUGGAAAUGUUGGUAAAGUGAAUCCGAUUUCUUUCCAUCCUCUCAACGAGAAAUCGAUCCGUGACUGCAUUGGUAACUCGGAUAUCGUGAUCAAUCUGAUUGGAAAGUACUACAAGACCAAGAAUCUGUAUCUUUGAAAGAACUACUCGCAUUUCUCUCCCUCUUCCUCUCCAGAUUCCAAGACGUCAACAUCUACUUCCCCGAGCGUCUCGCGAAGAUCUGCAACGAAAUGGACAAAUCGAAUCUUCUCCACGUGUCGGCUCUGCAGCAGAACCUCAAGCAUCGUUCGGAGUGGGCUCGCACGAAGGCUAAAAGCGACAAAGUGCUCCGCGAAGUCAUGCCCAGCGCCUGCAUCGUUCGUCCUGCGGACAUGUUCAGCGAAGAUGACCGCCUGCUGACCUGGAUCGGUAGCCAGCUGCACAUCGAUCCGUGGCUGAUCAAUAUCAAUGACGGAAGCGCUCUGAAGCAGCCUGUGUGGAUGGGCGACGUGGCCACAGCGAUUCGGAAGUCCUGCAUGACUCCGGACGCUUUCGCGGGAAAGACGAUGGAGUUGGCGGGACCGGAAGUGAUCUUGUGGGCAGAUCGGGUGGCGUGGUUCCAGAAAACAAUAGUGAGUUCGACGAAGCUGCCUCGCACGCCCACAACGCUGGCUCGUUGGUUCGCGUUCCUGUUGGAGUUGGGUCCGAAGCCGUAUCUGUCGAGAAGCGAAGUGGAGCUGUGUGUGACGGAUACUAUUCUGGACCCGCAUACGGAAUGCAUUACGUUCAAGGACUUGGGAGUAGGAACGAUGGGGAAGAUUUAG